AUCUAGUUUCCAAAUGCAACUCGUGCACGCUCGUUGAUUCUUGCCUGGCCCUCUCAGUCUCUAAAGAACGCCAUUUUGUCCUGGGCCUUUAUUUUCCUAAGAGUGAAACUGUGGUGUUUACACAAGUCCGCAAUCAGUUGUUUUUGUAGCCAUGGCUGAGAGCUCAUCGGCAGGAGAACCGGUACCGACUGAGGUGCAGGAUGGAGCCGGAGUUCGUAAGCUAUCAGAGAUGAGAGUGAUCGACUUGAAAGCUGAAUUAAAAAGACGAAACCUAGACACCAGUGGCAACAAGAGUAUGCUCUCGGAGAGGCUGAAAAAGGCAAUUGAAGAAGAAGGGGGAAAUUCAGAUGAGGUGGUUGUCAUAUUAGACGCAACUCCGAAGAAGGCACCCAAACGAGCCAGCAAAGGGAAAAGACAGGAAAGUGAUGGACCUGAAGACUGCACAGUUGAAGAGGAUUCUGGUGAUGGGCAGGAUGAUCCUGAGAUGAACCUGGACAACCUGCAGGAAAUGGACAUCAUGGACAUGAGUGUGUUAGAUGAAGCUGACAUCGAUAAUGGCAUUCCCGCUGACUGUGAAGAGUACAAUGCCGAUGAAAUCCUGGACUCACUUUCUAACGAUGGAAAUCCAGAAGCCGCGCUCGAGGAGCCCACCUCUGACAAUGAAAACGCCAAUGAAUCCGACUCUCUGGAUGUGCUGGCGGAGCUGAAGCCAGACGAUGAAAUAAUGGAGGCUGAAGUUGCUGACACAAACUCAAAAGAUGAGGAUCUAAACUGCCUGUCAUCUAAAGAGGAGCUAGACGAGGAGCCAGAAGCCAUAAACGAAGAAGAAAAUGAGAAAGUAGCCGGGUCUUGUAUAUCUGAGCCGCUUAACGAAGAGCACCUGGAUCCGUCAUCUGAAGAAGAGCCAACUGCCAUCGAGAGCUCUGUGAAUGUCGCCGAGGAAGAAAACGUAUUUGACUCCGUCAAAGCGGACGAUGCCCUCAAUUUGGAGAGCGAAGUGUCGGCUAGCGACAUUGAACAGACUGAAGAAAAACAAAAUGAGAGCGAAUCUAAAGAGGAGGAAAAACAAAGUGUCCAAGAUGACGCUAUGGACACAGAAAGCGCGUGCGCUCCGGUUGCUAGUGUAAAUGAACAGGGUUCAAACGAAACCGAAUGUGCUGUUGAGUGUGAAAUGGACUCAAAAGCCGAGGCCGAGGAAGAAGCCCAGAAGACGGAAGAGAACGCUGCUGAACCGUCGGCAGCGAAAGAGUCCUCUACUGUUGAGGGCGAUGAUCAGAAAAAGAGUUCUGAUGAGGAAAAAGGUGUUAAGCCUGAAUCAAAAGAUGAAAAAGCCCCAGCUGGUAGUGCAGCAGCCAGUAGUGGAAGAAAUCUUUGGGUUAGUGGACUCUCUUCCACCACCAGAGCGACUGAUCUGAAGAAUCUGUUCAGCAAAUAUGGCAAGGUGGUGGGCGCUAAGGUGGUGACGAACGCCCGGAGCCCAGGCGCACGCUGCUAUGGCUUUGUGACGAUGAGCACUACAGACGAGGCCACCAAGUGCAUCAGCCACCUGCACAGGACGGAACUGCACGGGCGCAUGAUCUCCGUGGAGAGGGCUAAGAACGAACCAGCAGGAAAGAAGCCUGCGGAAAAAAACGAUGCUAAGAAGUCUGGAACCGACAGGCGGCACUCUUCUGAGUCCAAGUCUGAAAAGUCAGAUGCAAUCAAGGAUGAAAAAUCAGAAGGCGGUGAAGCAGGAAAAGAUGGCAAAGGGCGUGGGGCAGAAAGGACAGUUGUGAUGGAUAAAUCCAAGGGAGAGCCUGUCAUCAGUGUGAAAACCAAAAGCAAAGAGCGAAGCUCAAAGAGCCGGGAUCGCAAAUCUCCAAGCAAGGAGAAGAAGGACAUCCUCUCCUUUGACCAGAUCAAGGAGCAGCGGGAGCGCGAGCGUCAGAGGCAGCGCGAGCGCGAGAUCCGGGAGGUGGAGAGGCGGAGGCACUCUGGCGAGCGGGACCGUGACCGGGACAGCCGCGCGGAGCGCGAGCGCAUCCGCCUGUUCCGGGAGAAGGAGGAGCGGGAGAGGCUGCUGCGCAAGCGCAACUGGCUGGAGGUGGAGAAGCAGCGGCUGGACGCCGACCGCAUGGAGCGCGAGUUCCUGGAGCGCGAGCGCAUGCGGGUGGAGUACGAGCGGCGGCGGGAGCAGGAGCGCAUCCACCGCGAGCGCGAGGAGCUGCGGAGGCAGCAGGAGCAGCUGCGCUUCGAGCAGGACCGCCGGCCCCUCAAGAGGCCCUACGACAUGGACGGCCGGAAGGACGACUGGCACGACAAGCGGAUGGCCAUGGACGACCGCUACGGGCGCUCGGACUUUGGCCGCCAAGAACGCUACCAAGACUUUGACCACAGGGACCGGGGGCGCUAUCAGGACGACAUGCUUCCAGACCGGAGGGAUGGGCCACGGGGAAUUGUUGGAGACAGAGAUAGCCAGCAUUUCUCAGACCGUGGAGACAGACAUGGACGGGACUCUCGUGACUCCUGGGGGGGUUAUGACAAACGCGGCCUCAAUCAGUCCAGGUCAAAUCUCUGUCAUUUAAAACCCUACAUUUCCGGGAUGGACGUGAUUGGGAUGGGCGGAAAAUGGAUGGUGACAGACCCUGGCAAGGUGGAGACCGAGGCAUCCCAGGACAGGGUCACAUGCCAAGAGGAGGAAUGGCAGGGCGCGGGGGCUACGUGCAGGGGGGGACCUCGCAGGGCCUCUCGGGGGCCCUCAAUCGGCAGAACCAAAUGAUGCAAGGCGGCGGAAUGCAGGGGGGCGCCUUCGGCCGUCGUUACUAACGUCGAGACGUCCUCCCCCCUCCGCCACACCCGUUUGAGUGUCAUAGUGUUCCCUUCGCCAGCGUACAUACCGCUUACGGAAGCUUCGUCAACUCAGACGUUACCCUUUUUGUAGUCCUGCCUGGAUUUUCACGUUCUGCGACUGAAUAACUAGCCGCACGCCCAGCCAGCCAGCCUGGUUCUGCAUACCUGGGUUUUAAAACGUCACAGGUGUUUCAUUGAUUUUUUUUUUUUUUUCAUUCCAUGUGUCCUUUGUUUUAAAAGUAAAUGGAAAAACAAGUCGAUGUGAAAAUACAAUUCUGUAUUGUUAUUUUUUUUUUUUCUAUUUUCAUGUCUUUUAAGUGAUGAGGGUUAAGUCUUGAGAAAUGCUCAGGAGCGUUUCACAGUGCUUACAGGUUUACUGAACACUGUGGCUUGGGGUGAAUUUUGUUAUGAACAUUUAUUUAGCUUGAUAAUGAACAUGCAAUAUUGGAUGUAUUUCAAUAAACUACCUUGGAUUGUA